GCAUGCUCUGCCUCGGGACGCUCGAUGUGGCCGUGCCAUGGGCAGACGCAGUCGUCGAGCAGCGCCAGGUGCGUCUCCGGCGCACCGACCUGCGCAGUCUCGACGCCCACUUUUGGCCCGGCUUUGAGCGCUACUGCCUCACGCAGACGCUCUGGAAGGCGCUCCUUGCCUUUGCGGAGGCGCACGACCUCCUGCUGGACGCCGCCAUCGCGCCGUCGGUCGGCGGCGCCUGCAUCACGCUCUCGCUGCAUUUUGCAUCGGCGCUGCCUUCGCACGCCAAGUGGAUCAAAGGCCACACGUACGUUCUGCAGCAUUUCGAGUCGGCGCUGCGGCAGCCGAUACGCGACGUCUCAGCGGCGUUUGCAAAGGCGCUGAGGACCGAGUGCCACGUCCUUGGCUGUCUCCUCCACGACGACCAAGACGGUGGGCCCGAUCAGUAUACGCUUGCCACGCUUUUUAGGAGCUUGGAGGCGCCGCUCGAAGCCAGCCGGCUUGCGAUCCGAGACGGUAGUGCGUACGCCGCCCGUUGCGCGUCGGGGAGCGCACCCCUGCUCACGGACUUGCCCUUCAACAUCAUGUGGAGCAUCUUGCGUCUCCUCAAUGCGCAAGAGCUCGCAACGACCGCGAUGGUGUGCACGACGCUGCAGCAUCUGACGUACGACACCGUGCCCCGCCUCCGGCUGCACCUGUACCCGCACCAAAAGAAAGCGCUCAAGUGGAUGCUCUACCGAGAAUGCUCCGCCCGGGCCCUUCCACACCCGUACCUCGUCGGUGACGUGAUCGACCCGGUGUUGCACCGCGUGCAUGCGUCGCCGCUGCCGGCCGUCGACAUGCGCGGCGGCUUCCUCUGCGACGAACCCGGCCUUGGCAAGACGAUCACGAUGAUUGCACUUUUGCUGCGUACGCAGGGCGCCCGGUCCUGCGUUGCCGCUGUGCCUGCAUUGGCCCCCGACCGUGGCUAUGGGCUUCGCUCAAGCCAGCCUGCAUCCUCGUCGUCAUCCUCGCCGCGACGAAUCGCCUCAGUUGCGACACUAGUUGUUGUGCCCGACACGCUCGUCGCCCAUUGGAGUCACCAGCUGUUUACGCACACGACCAACUUGAGCGUCUACGUGGACGACCAGCGCGACUUGCCACGCGCCGAGGUUCUCACAAACUACGACGUGGUCGUGACGACGUUUGGCCGCAUUAGCAGCCACUGGCAGACGCAGCGACCGCUCGCGACCCGUGCGCCGUCUCGGCUCGGGUUUGAGGGCCAAUCGGCGUACAUCGAUGGCACGCUUUCGCGCGGCCUCUCGCCCUUGCUGCAAGUUCACUGGGUGCGCAUCAUCGUCGACGAAGGCCAUAAGCUCGGCGGCCUCAGCAUCACGAACGCGAUGCAGAUGCUGUGUGCGCUCUCGAGCGACAAGCGCUGGAUCAUGACCGGGACGCCGACGCGGCAUGUGGCGCAAACCGACGGGCUCCGGCACCUCCAUGGGCUCUUGCGCUUUCUGCGGGAUCGACCGUACGGCGCGAACGAUGAAAAGCCGUGGCUGCAGGCGAUCGCCAAGCCCUUUGAGCGCCGCGCUCGUGUCGGAUACCUCCGGCUCCGCCACCUUCUCAACCGCAUCAUGCUCCGGCACGUCAAGAGCGACGUGACGAGCAUUCCAGAGCCAUUGCGCACCCGCGUGAUUGUACCGCCGUCGGACCUCGAGUACCGCAUCUACAAUGGCGUCGUUGGCGUCAUCCGCGGGAACCUUGUGGUGACGAAAUGGGAUCCGUUGACGCCCGGUCCGAUGCACAAGGACAGUUUGCUGAACCCUGAAAAUCGGCGCGACGCGCUCACGGCGCUGGCCAACCUCCGCCUCGCGUCCAGCGGCGGCGGACAAAUGGCCGUGCAUCUCUCGACCGAGUAUUACACCGAGACGAUCGACUAUUUGAACGAGUUCAAGGUGCCACAUGAGCGCCAAGCGCAUGUGAUUGCCUACAUGCACGACGCGCCCAACGGCCUCUGCACGCCGUGCCUCGCCUGCGUCCGUUCGCAGCAGUUUCUCAUGGUCGUGCCGUGCGGGCACUUGCUCUGCGCCGACUGCAUCGAUGCACAUGUCUCGAGCACGGGGUUUGAGCGCGACUUUUACACGACCUGUCCCGCGUGCUACACCCCGUUUGACUGGGAAGACUUUCAAAAGCUGCAGCCUGGCUUUGACUACAAGUGGGACGCCCAAGAACCGCCCGAGACAGAAGCAGCGACACUCGCCGCCCACAUUUGGUCGAGCAGCAAAGGCCUCUACGUCUUGGCGCGGGUCCAAGCGCUCGUCGCCGACGCAGCGGCCCUGCGUGCCAACCGCUAUGCGCCGCCGACGCGGCCGAUCAAGGUCAUCAUCUUUUCCGAGUUUCGAGAACACCUCUUCCGCGUCCGGUACGAGUUCAAGCGCAAAGCGAUGCGGACAGCGACGUUUGUCCAAGGCGACGCAAUGAAGACGCGGCUCGAGCAGCUCCGGCUGUUUCAGCACGACCCGACUCUGCACGUGCUUUUCCUGACCGAAGUCGGCGCUGUCGGCCUCGACCUGUCGUUUGUGACGCACAUUUUCCUCAUGGACGAGAUCUGGGACAAGAGCGUCGAGCAGCAGGUGAUUGCACGCGCGCACCGCAUGGGUGCGACGGGACCGGUCGUCGUCGAGCAGCUCGAGAUGCGCGGGUCCAUGGAGACACUCGUGCGCCAGUCCUAUGCGAGCCACGCAAAAGAUGCGAGCUCGGUGCGCGGCGCCCCGAAAACAGCGCUGCAUACGAAAAAGAAGGCGUCGACAGCCGCCUCUGCCGCUGCGUCCGAGCGCACCGGGGCGUCGCGCAUCGGCUACGUGCUCAGCAACGUGCGCCAGAUCGAAGCGGGUGCUUGCAACGAGGCCAUCGUGGCACCUGCCGAGCCACGGCCGCCGCCGACCCUUCUCGCAUUGCCUCGAUCCGACAUGGACGGUGCGACAUCUACGGAGACGCCGCCGCGCCCGACAAAGCAGCGCAAGACAGUUCGGUUUGAGGACGAGGGGUAGGGUUUUGUCAAAACGGGGUAGGGUUGCUUCUUGUAAUCAGAAUUGGAC